UGAUACCUGCCCAUAUUAUACAAGGGUAGGAGUUAAAAUUGGUAUUUUUCUUAACCAAAUACUACCCCGUAGAAUUAUGUAGUUUUUGGUAAUUUUUUUAUUUUUUUAUUUUUUUUUUGAAAAAAUAAAUAUUUGGUGAUUGAUACUAACAAUAUAUAAUUGUUAAAAAACUGCCAAAAGAUAUAUAUGAUAGAGAUUAUGCUAAACUAAUAAUCUUGUAUAUAUUUUUGUUAAUUAUACUUUGAGUAUAAUUAGUAAAUAUUGUGUUCUCAUAAUUAGGUUUUACCGUGCCUAUAUAUAUCAAUAUAUGAAAAAGCCUCCACCAAAAAAAAAAAAAAAAAAAAAAAAAAAAGGUUAGAGAAGAGAUUAGUUAGAAUAUUAUUAAAUAAGAGUAGAUGGCGGCGAGAUUGUUAUCAACAGAAUUGUGGAGGAAGAAGGACAAUGCAGGGAGGAUACGAACGCUAGGCGCAUUAUGUGAUCUUACUCCCGAAAGGCAAGAACAAUAUCUAAAGAAAUUGUCAGAUUUUAUAGAGCUUAAAACAAUAUUUGGUGGGGACGACAUCGAAUUUGAGGACAAGUUUUUGGACUUGUAUAUUCAAGUUUACAAGGACUCUAACAUUGAAGUAAAUAACUGUCUCAGGGAAAUCAUGUUGGCGCACCAUGACCGCUACCCCUACGACUUGUAUCAGCCCUAUUUGUAUCACCCCAAUUUCUCCCUCACCACCAUGAAGCAGUUCAGUCUCCGCACCAACGAUGUAGUCGAGCGCGGCAUCCUUGAUCUGUGUAAGACACUGAGUUCGGCAAAAGAACGCUAUAUUGCCGGCUUACGUAAGAAAAGGGAAGAGGUAGCGGAGGCAGAGGCUGCAGGGUUUCGCAAGCUACAAAUUAAACUUGGAGUUUUUGUUUUGGGAUUUGUGCUCUUUGUGGUUUGCUAUUUGUUAUGCCCUAGUUCAUAAUUUUAAGUUUUUAACAACUACAGUACUAGUGUGUCUGAAGGGCAAUAUUAUGAAAUUGUCGCUAAUUAAACCACAAUAUUAUUGUUGCUAA